CUGAAGCAGAUACACUUGUCACAACCAUCGCCUCCCGCACCUAUAUGUCGGACAACCUCGCAAGCAACGACUUUGUUUUCUUAGAGCCUGAGCCUUCGGGCUAUACUUUUGAGCAGAUGAAUGAGUGUCGAUGGAGCAGACCAGAUGGCUCGCACUGCAGCUACCCAUUUUUUGGCCACGAGCUUUCUGCUCACCUCCGUGAAUACCAUGGAAUUCGUGGUGGAGACAAGUUGCGCGUCCGUUGCUCUUGGGAAGAUUGCACCAAAGAGCUCAAUAAAGGAAACCUCUCAAGGCACGUGGAGGGAACACACCUCAAGGUCGUAUAUCCUUGCGACACCUGCAACAAGACUUUCACGCGCGAAUACAAUCGUAACAAUCACCAGGCAAUUUGUUCGGUUCAGCAGGCAGUAGAUCGUUGUUUCGGUAGUCUCAUAAGUUGAACAGAUGCCGGAAGAAAUUCAAUGGCGUUCGAGGUCUUCAUGCUUGACUCGCUUGAGUAGUUCUUGUCUUCCUCACUUCAGCUCGUGCUUCUAUGAAUUUGUAUACUCGAGCUCCAUGACAUUUACGUUGGUGAUAAGACGUAUUAGUUACCAUAUUUUAAAGUUGCAUGUUACACGACAGCGGUCGUUUAAGAAAUUGUAUUUGAUCCCUUGGCAGCCUGCCUUGUUUACGGUGUAUGAAGUGAUACGAUGCG